UUCGUCCCCAUCGUCCUCGCACUCGCCUUGCCCGCCCCAGACGCCACGCACUGACCGGAUGGACCCAUGCUCGAGAAGUUGGUGAAAACAGAGCCGCAAGCAAAAGCGCUCUCGUCGUAACACAUAGCAGUGGAGCAUGUCACUCGUCGCCCUCUGCACUUCCUCUCGCAUUCGCAUUUGCCCUCGCCUUCUUCAGCGCGUUGCAGCAGCAGCUAGCAGCACCCAUUCCGCGGCGAACUACCUUCCUGGCGGCCGUUUCGCACCGCUAACUGGUUCAAAAGCCGCAGCUGUCUCUCUCUCUACCUCUGCCAUUGCCAAGAUGCCGUCCAUGCCAAAGGGGAUCCUCAAACAGGGCCAGAAGGAAGAUCUGAAGCUCAAAAAUCCAGCCCUGCUGGUCAACGCUGCGUACAUUGACGGCGAGUGGCACAAGAGAGCGCCGUCGGACAGCAGCACAUUCGACGUGUUCAACAAGGCCACCGGCGAACUGAUCGGCGCCGUGCCCAACUGCGGCGCGGACGAAACGGCGCGGGCGAUCCGCGGUGCGUCCGCGGCGUUUGGCGCGUUCGAGAAGCCUGGCAGCUGGGCCGCGACAACUGGCAAGCAGCGUGCCGACCUGCUCACCGCGCUCCUCCGCGAGCUCACUGCCAACGCCGAGGAUUUAGCGCGCAUCAUCGUCGCGGAGAAUGGCAAGUCGCUCUCAGAGGCCAGGGGCGAGGUCGUGUACAGCAACUCGUUCGUCGAGUGGUUUGCAGGCGAGGCACUCCGCACCUACGGGCACACCGCACCCGCGCCCAUGCCCGGCGUUGUCAACGUCGUCCUCAAGCAGCCCAUCGGCGUCGCUGGGCUGAUCACACCAUGGAACUUCCCCGCCGCUAUGAUCACGCGCAAACUCGCACCGGCGCUCGCAGCCGGCUGCACGGUGGUGAUCAAAGCGCCGGCCGAGACGCCGUUCUCGGCGCUGGCGCUGGCAUACCUGUGCGAGCGCGUCGGCAUCCCCAAGGGCGUCGUCAACGUGUUGACGUGCACCAAGGGUGAAAAGGAGGCAGCUGUCGGGAAAGCGCUGUGCGAAAGCCCAUACGUGCGCAAAAUCAGCUUCACCGGCUCCACCGGCGUAGGCAAGCUGCUGAUGGGCCAGAGCGCCAGUACACUCAAGAAGCUCAGUUUUGAGCUCGGCGGUAAUGCACCGUUCAUCGUCUUUGAAGAUGCCGAUCUCGACAAGGCCGUCGACGGUGCCAUCAUGUGCAAGUUCCGCGCCAGCGGUCAGACCUGCGUCUGCGCGAACCGGAUCUACGUGCACGAGUCAAUCUACGCCGAGUUUGCAUCACGCCUCGCAGCGAAGGUGGACAGGUUCAAGCUCGGGCACGGCCUGGAGGAGGGCGUCACGCAUGGCCCGCUCGUCUCGGAGCGCGGGGUGGCCAAGGCGCAGGAGCACGUCGAGCGCAGCGUCGCGCACGGCGCCAAGGUGCUUGUUGGCGGCAAGAAGGGCGAGGGCCUCUUCUUCGAGCCGACUGUCCUGGCCGACGUUACGCGCGACUGCCCCAUGUCGGACGAGGAGACGUUCGGGCCCGUCGCGGGCCUGUACAGAUUCUCGACCGAAGAAGAGGUAAUUGCGCUGGCCAACGACGCCGACGUCGGCCUCGCUGGCUACUUCUUCUCUCAGGACGUCAGCCGCUGUUGGCGAGUUGCGCAGGCGCUCCAGGUCGGCAUGGUCGGUGUCCAGACCGGCUUGAUCGGCCAGAACAGCGUGCCGUUCGGCGGUGUCAAGGAGUCCGGAUUCGGCAAAGAAGGUGGACGUGGAGGUAUCGAUGAAUACCUCCAAGAGAAGCUCAUCGUCUUUGGCGGACUGCAGUGAAGCAAAUUAGAGUUGUAGAAAAUGGCAGGCGACUGAUCGCUGCAAAAGUCAUGUAGAGUACCGAAGUGCUCUUGUUUGCAAUACCUUACAUCGAUGAUUUGGGG